AUGUGGUUCGCCUAUUUGAGUAUAGCCGUUGUUAUACAGUUCUUUUCCAUUGUUGCGAUUUCCUCCGCCACAUCGUUCGGCUGCAAGAAUGGUAUGAUUUCUGAUGAUUGGAGACAGAAGGUCCUGAGUUUCCACAACACCAACCGGAGGACUGUUUCUCAAGGAAAUCAAGCGACGAAAGACAAGGCAAAAAUGCCUGUAGCCAAAGACUUGACGGAUCUAACCUGGGACUGUAAUCUCGAAGGCCUCGCAUCUUCGUAUAUCUGCGGGAAAACUGCUAUUCCGACAGGAAAUACGUAUGGAAUUAUCAGUGCAGCGAUAACCUUAAGUGGUGACUCUUGUGACAUCUAUGUUCAAAAAACCAAGCCUGUUCUGCAAGAUUGGUGGAACGAAGCUAAAGCAGUGGAUCUUUCUACUGAUGUCAAAUAUGACGAAGCUACAAUAAAGGAAUUUGGCAUCAUGGUUAACAAGGAUGCUACUGGCUUCGCCUGCACAUACGACAAAUGCAGCUCGGGCGCUCAACUGCUUUGCGUAUACGACAAAAAGCCUGCCGCCAAUGCCGAUCUUUAUACAAAAGGCACUGCUGCUAGUGAUGUAUGUAGUGUCUGUGCAAACGCAGCUACUUGUAAAAAUUUCCUCUGCUCGCCAACAUACGACUCAUCUGCGACGCUUCCUGACGACAAGUGCACCAACAAAGGUGAUGAUGGAAUGACUUUAGACUUGCAGAAUAUGGCUGUAAACAUGCACAAUUAUUACAGGAGACAACUAGCAACAGGAUGGGGUUCACAAAUGAGUGGGUAUGCGCCUACAGCCAAACAGAUGAAUUUAUUGAAGUACGACUGUGACAAUCUCGGGAAAGAUACAAAGGAUAAUAAGCUAGUUUGUGGAACCCAAGACUAUGCCACCAUUAAUUAUCACAAGGUCAAGAAUCUCACGGCUACUCCAGAAGAUGUGCUAAAAGAGGGUAUAAUGAAAUGGUUCGAACAACUGGAACUAGUUAAUCUCGACAAAACGGCAACGUAUACAAGUGAUGUAGCAACAAAAGCCAGCAAAUUCGCCCACUUGGCAGUUGGAGGAGCUACUCAAGUGGGAUGUUCCGCUCUGGUUUGCGACAAAGAAGGCUACGUAAUUGCGGGAUGUCAAUACGACCAGGACCCCGUUGAAGAUGACGCCCUCUACACGCCGGGGAACACAUGCGCGGGAUGUGCAGGAGCAAAGUGUGAAAAUGGCGCUUACACAGCACUGUGUGUUUGA